AUGAAGCACCCUGAAUUAGGAGGCGAAUUUCUGACUUUCCAACAGUCAAUGAAGCAGAAUGCAACAACAAAACCGAAGUCCCGUGAAGUCAGCUCCAGGUUUCUUUCUCUAAAUCCAUCAGGACAUGUGGUUAAUUCUUCUCUGACCACCACCAAUACUCCUCCUCUGAUCAGGCAACCAGCCGGCGCCGGCAGAUCUCCGGGUAACCGGAAAACCCACGAAACCCCUCCGGAUUCUGGAUUCAUGAAGGGAUUACUUUGGCCUGCAUCAUCGUCAUCAACAACAGCAACAAGAACGAAAUUGAAGACCCAACUGGAAGAUUCCUCGGAGGAGAAAUUCAGAAGUAAUACUCUGGCUGACUGCUUUAGAAAUGAGAAAAAAAUGGAACUUUCAAGGCACAAGAGUCUUGAUAAACCCCAGAAAAAGUCUGUAAAUGGGAAUCCCAUGUCCCUGAACAGGCAACAGAGCUGUAAAGAAAUCAAUGAGUUUGAAAAUGAGAGGAGAAUUUCAAAAGAGAAUCAUAAACCUCUGCUUGGUGGAUCAAUGCGAUACACAGGGAAGUUUAAGUUCCCUGGAAAAUCAUCAAAAUCCUCGUCAUCGACAUCAUCAAGCUCUUCGAAUUUAUCUGAUGAUAAUAUAGUUCCAGGGAGAUAUUCAGUUGAUGAAACAGCCCUUAGAAGAAGGUCAUUUGGACGAAGGAAAUCCGAUUACCUGGCGGAUUUUGCAGCUGACUCUGAGUCGGAACAGAGUGAUUUACAUUCAGGUACAAGUUUUAGUUCUCCAUUGAAUGGAAAAAGUUUACCCGCAUCAUACAUGGCGCCCACCGUGAGUUCUAGAAUGGCCGGAAUUGAAGUCUCGUCGAAAUACUUGCAAGAUUCGCAGUUAAGGUCGCGCGCUUCUUCUGUGCAUAAGCCUAGUUCUGCAGAGAGUUCUCCCAGGAUAUUUUCACUGAAGAACGCAAUGAAGAAGUCUAACUCGGCGAAAAUAGGUGGUUUUGAGACGGCGAAAGCGGGAGAAUCACCAGGAAGAUGUGGUUCCUCAGGAGUAAUGUCAGAGGAGAAUAAGGGCAUAGGGAUGUCUAAGCCUCCAACUAGCCCUUCAAGAGUUAAAGGAGUAGGGAAUUUGCUGAGUAUCGGACUUGAUUUGUUGAAAGGAAAGAAAUCUUCUAACCAAAGUGUAUCCUCACCUUUAGGAUUAAGCAUUGGUGAGAAUGUUCAUCAACUGAAGAUGUUACAUAAUAGGUUGGUGCAGUGGAUGUACGCGAAUGCUCGAGCCGACGCUGUCAAUGGCAACAUAACUAAACAAGCUGAGAGAAAUUUAGUCUGUGGAUGGGAUGGUCUUACUAAGUUGAGAUAUUCUGUGAGGCAGAAGAAGAUUCAGCUUGAGAAAGAGAAGCUAGAAAUGAAACUUGAUCACAUACUUAAACCUCAAAUCAAGUCACUAGAAAAAUGGGGUGCUAUGGAAUGGCAACAUCAAUCAGCAAUAAAUAUGACCAAGGACAGUUUGCAGUCUGUUGUCUGCAAGGUUCCCCUAGUUGAGGGAGCUAAGGUGGAACCACAGUCGAUUUCUCUGGCUCUUCGAGCUGCAUCAGAUAUGACACGAACAAUCCAAUCGAUGAAUUCUGCAUAUUUGCCAACGGCUAAUGAGACAGCUGCAACGUUGAAAGAAUUAGCAGAGGUAGUAAUUCAAGAAAAGAUGUUGCUGGAGGAGUGCUUGGAACAUUUCAAGGUGGUUUCUGCAUUAGAGGACCUGAAAACACAGGUCCAGAUGGAUGACCUCGAGGGAGGAGCCGCCGGCCGCGAGAAUGACCUCGACAAAUUCUUUGAUGAUGUAGAGAAUGUAAAGAAAGACAUGGCAGAUGUCGAGAAACUGUACAAGAGAUUGCAAGAAUCCAACGAAGAGAGCAAAAUCGUGCACAACGCGAAGACGAUGAAGGAGCUCAGGUCCAGGAUGGAUGCAGAUGUGUCGCAGGUUCUGAAAAGAGUAAAAGUCAUCAAAGGGAAGCUUGAAGCACUUGACAGGUCUAAUGUAGCGAAUCGAAGAGUUCCAGGUUGCGGUCCAGGAUCAUCGACCGACAGGACGAGAACAUCAGUAGUAAGCGGAUUAGGCAAGAAACUGAAAGACAUGAUGGAUGAUUUCCAAGGGUUAAGGGCUAAAAUGAAUGCAGAGUACAGAGAAACAGUUGGCAGGAGAUAUUUCACCAUAACAGGUGAGAAAGCCGACGACGAAUUCAUCGAGAACUUGAUCUCCAGUGGAGAGAGUGAAACCUUCAUGCAGAAAGCCAUCCAGGAACAGGGGAGAGGCCAGAUCCUGGACACCAUAUCCGAAAUCCAGGAGCGACACGACGCUGUGAAGGAAAUCGAAAAGAAUCUGAUGGAACUUCAUCAGAUAUUCUUGGACAUGGCUGCACUUGUGGAAGCACAAGGGCAACAGCUGAAUGACAUUGAGAGUCAUGUGGCUCAUGCCAGUUCAUUCGUCCGCAGAGGAACAGAACAACUCCAGGAAGCCAGAGAAUACCAGAAAGGAUCCAGGAAAUGGACUUGCAUCGCCAUGGCUUUUGGCAUUGUUCUCAUUCUUAUCAUCCUGUUUCCACUUUGGUCUAAUCUUCUGUUGAUGAAUAUGUAG